UUUAAACUACGUGAUAAUUAUGCUCCUUUUGAUACCUCUCAUAGUGUAGUCAAUCCUUAUUAAUACGUAUAGAAUUUUAUUUACAUAAUUGCUAGGUAGUUGUCAAUAAGUUAAAAUGCACUUUGUGAUAACCUUUGCAUUUUUGGUCCCGAUGAAAUCUGAAAGUGUGGAGAACGAUGAAGGUAAAGGAAAAGGUAAGGUUAACAGGAAACGAAAGCAAUGGCGUAAGAAGAAGAUAAUUAAUAAGGAUACGUAUGAAAUCGCGGAAUCAAAACAAAAUAUUAUAAACGUUGGUCAAGUAUUAGCAGAAAUACACUGUGAAUACGAACUUCUGCCAGGUUAUACUUUCAAAUUCGAUUGUCGCUGUUGGAAAACAGCUGCAAAGAUAUAUACUGAAAAUGGUGAUUGGUGUUUACGGCCUGUAUCAUGUCCAAUCACAGAAAAUGCAUUUUGGGUCAUAUUUUCUGUUCAUCAUGUUGUUCAUUUAAACGAAACGCAAAUAAAAAAGUUUUUUAGCUACGUGAUCACUUAUCAAAUGUUUCAUGGGAGAAACAAGUUCUGUGAAAGAGCGAAAAAAGAUAAAGUGAAAGGCUUUUAUGUAAAUGAAGAAUCAAUCCACAUCGGACAAUACAAUUUUCUGGAAAUAUAUCCUCUCGGUUCGCAAGAAUCAGCUUCUUUUAGUAGACCAGAACCAGAACCAGUAAUUGUUAUACAUGAAACUGAUGGUGUUUUUAGUGUCACUACAUACCUUAAUGUGAUACCAGAUGGAGCACACCAAUGUAAAUUUUGGAAGAUGAUACGAAAACAGCGUUUUCCAUCUGAAUCCUUUAAUCUUGAAUCGGUUACCAUAUCGACCGAAGUCGAACAGAAACCGAAAUCGAAUAAUCGUAAAAUGCCAGUCCAAAAGAAACGUAUUGAAAUAAAAAAAUCGAGAAAAGCGAAGCACAAAAUCGAUACUCCGCACGCGAUGAGUUUACCCGUAGAAACUUUAUUUUCUGAAAUGGGUGCAAUUACAUGCUACACCAGAACGUCGAAAAUACCAAAUGUCUCAUCUAUUUUGAUCUACACGCAAUGUGUAGAUAUUCUAUCAAACAAACAAUUGCGAAUGAAUUUAAACUCCAUAUCGAUCAAAUUGGAACAAAUGUCCAAUUUUCCAGACGAUAUUAUAAUCGAAAAUGGUUUUAAUUAUCUUUACGCAAAAAUUCUCUUCGUCGACCGAGCAAUCGCCACACCAUAUUAUAUUCCUGCUAGAACAAUAUUUUUCGAAUUUGUCAAAUGCUUUUUGAAUCAGGAAUUUAAGGCAGAAGAUAUAAUCAGCACUGUGGGAACAAAAUUUCUAACAAUCGAAAUAAUCGGCGUACGAAUCACGAACGCUUCCAAGUCGCCAAUUUCCACUUCAAGGAAAUCAAAUGUCGACGCCUCAGUAAAAAUAUCUGGGAAAGAGGAAGUUUUGCUUGGCGUCACAGCGUUCGAUGUGUCCGACCUUUUGAGAGGAUCGUGGGAAAUCAGAUCGACAGGUAGUUUGUCUCAUCCAAAAAAUGUAUAUUGUAUCAGUACUGCCGAUAGAGGUGAUGAAGGAGUGGCAGCUUCGUGGAAAAAUUCUCCCCUCGACAAUGAUACUCUGACGUCAUUUGAUACCAUUGUGAAGAUCAAAGUUCGCGUGGCUUAUGAUUUGCGAUCGGUUCAGCGUGUGGUUUUUCGAUAUGUUGCUACACUGAAUCGUAUUUUUCUAAUCUUGAACGAUUUGAAGCUGGUUAACGAUAUCUUAGCGCUUGUAUCUUCUUACAAUCAUAGUUUAUUUUGCACCCUUCCAUUUUCGAAUGAAGAUGCAGACUUGAAGGUAGAAGGUACAUUACAAAAUAUCUUAACUGGUUUCGCUAUCGAUUGCUGCGACAACUUUUUCAUCUUCCUCGAGGGUUUGUCCAAGGGAUACUUGUUACAAAUUUGGGAAAAGGUAGCGAAGCUUCCAAUCGAGGAUGGCUGUGUAUUUUAUAAUAGCGGUUGCGUGUUUCUCGAGCGACUUUAUGAAGAUUUCGUGACUUUAGGCGGAGUUCUCACGAUUAAGCUGAGUGAGUCGUUGGAGUUGAAACUACGGAAUCAUGGGUUGUACAUAGGCGAAACGGGAACAACGCCCAAAGCCAAAGUCACGCGAAGAAUGGGAUUGAUGAAGCUAGCUUUAACCAUGAAAUCCCUGUCUCAAAAAUGUUUAUUUCCAAACUCGAGCGAUAUACAGGCUUUCAUCGAUGAAACACACGAAAAUUACUUUGAACGUUCUGUAUCAUCCGCCAAAACUUAAGUACUAGCUUUGAGAAAAACAAAUUGCAACCAUGAAAAUAUAUACACGUUCCUUAAUUAAAUAUUCUUAUAUAUUUAUUAUAUUCUCAAUAAUUUGGAGUGUAUUUCUUUUAAUAUCCUUCUUUUAAUAUCUUCAUUUCUUUUAAUUAAUUGAAAAGCUUCCAUUCUUUUCGGUAACAUUAAGUGUAUCAACUUUAUUUUAACUAAAAAUUGAUAAUGGCUCCUUAACGAAAUGCAUGUAUUAUAAUAUUAUGCACAAUGUCAUCAUAUUCAAACAUACGAUCUGACGUACAACAUUUACGAUACCAUACUAUAAGAUAUAGAGCUAUCGUAUUAUCAUACUCUUGUACCAGCAUAUUUCUAUUUUACCAUAUUGCCUCAUUAUUCUGCUACAAAAUUGUUAUGAUUAUAUUCUAUACUGUUGUUUACUAUAUAUAAAGCAUGAUGAUAAGGUAUCAGAUGACAAGUCAAUGCAAUUGUAUGAUAGUAUUACAAUAUAUCAGUAUGAUAAUUUGGUAGUAUGAUAGUGUGAUAACAUAUUAAUAUGACUCUAGCGCUCUAAUAUGAUAGUGAUAGUAUUAGAUGACUGAUAGUGCUUUAAUGCUGUAGUAUCAUGUUGUCUAGUAUCAUAUGCUCAUGUUGUCACGGGAACAUGUUACCAUAUUAUUAUGCUAUCAUACUACUACACUAUCAUACAGCUCCAGUGGCAGACUUACAUACUAAACCUAUAGCCUGGUCAGGUUACAAAAUUCACCCUUAUUAGUACCUUAUAGUUUUUUAUUUGGG